AAAACUGCACACAGGGAAUGUUCAUUGUUUCUUCCUAGUAUAUAUUAUUAUAUUUAAAAAAUUUUUUUAACUUAGAAUUUGUAUUACAUAAUUGAUUAUUUCUUGUGCGAAAUAAUUAAUUAUUUUUUUUAUCCUGAACUGUUUUGCAAGAGCAUGUUAUUUAAGAACACUUUAUACAUUAAUUCAUGAAUGAAUGUUACUUAUGUAAAUGGUAGUGUGGGUUGUAUGACCGCGUGUAUAAUCAUAUAUAUAUGAAAAUUGCCUCUCUCUCUCUCUAUAUAUAUAUAUAUAUAUAAUUAUAUAUGUGAUGUAUAUAUAUAUAUAUAUAUAUGGUCAUUUCAAACGGCUCGCGCAUACGAUUGGUUAUUCAGUUAACCGUUUCUACAUGGACGCUGCUGUUCGUUUCGCCAGCUCCGGUACAACGAGCGAAAUGUUCCUCAUUAAGUUUCCGGAUAAAUUUUUCAUGAAGACCCGCGACGUCGUGCACGCUAAACCAGGCAGGAGCAUAAUAUCACUAUCGAUACGCAUAUGGAAGAUGAUAACCUGAAAGCCCCGUGCACACCAAUCGCGACACGAUAAGUUUGAGGUUAUGUUUACUCACACGGUGAGCGUCUCCCGCUCACGAGGCAAAAAAUGAUAACAGCAGCGUUUCGAGGGUGAUUCGAAUUCCGCACGUGUCUGCGCGCGCGAGAGGAUGGAGCCGCUGCGUGUGCUUUGCAAUCACAAGUUGGACACUCUCGACGAGUCUUGGAUCAGUUCGGUAUGGGAAGCCGAGUUCGUGAACUACCAGGAACCACCUGACGAGUACCUGGCGUAUCUCGAAAGCAACGACGCGAAGUUGCAGCUGCGCGAGACUUGUCAUAUCCUGAAGAAAUGGAUCGCCGUGAACUGCGACGAACAGUGCAAGUUCUCAUGGCAGGAUUUGAUGGUCCUGGGCAUCAACGUGCGCGGCCUGCUGGCCGUGUUGGAUUACAUAAUGAAGACCGGUCAGCGUGUCGGCAGCGACAUGGCGUCCAGGCAGGCCUGCCUGGACGCUACCAGUCUGUACCUCAUGCUGCUCACGGUACCAGGGAGCAGUGUGUUUAGCGUGUAUCACCCGUGUCUGUAUGAGCGGACGAUGAAAACGUUGAAAAUGUCAGAGAGUAUAUUUUCUUCCAGGCAAAGUAGCGCUAGGGAGACGGCAGGUGCUUCCAGCUUGGACGAUGACGAUCAGUCGGAACAACCCGCACUGUCACAUUCCGAGAAGGUGAGCCUCGUUCGAGGAAUAAGUAGGAUUAUCUGUGACCUGAUGACAAUGCUCAAGUUAUUCCGGCUCAAGGAGCGGCAGGAGCUCCUGGAUCUCACGAUACGCACGUUGCUAGAUAUCAUGAGACUGGUGAUGUACACCGAUGAAUCUUACGAUAAUCAAGAAGGAUUGAACUCGGACGUGGGGUCGUUGUCUAAGAAGGCUUUCGCGGCUCUGCGAGAACUGUGCAGCGGCGAUCACGAAUCCGUCACUCUGACCAUAAUGUUGAUAGCUCAGUAUAUGCUACCUCACCUGUUACUCCAGCAGACCAACAGCCACCAGCCAAAGAUGACGGUCGUGCACGAGACGUUCAUAUACUUUCUGAAAACGGUGCUGGACAUUCACAGCAAGGAGACCUCAGUGGGGAUCAUAACUCUGAUACACCAGCUGAUGGUGCGUUAUCCGGAGAGAUCGGAGGGCCGUCAGAGGCAGGCGACCGUCGUGGUGAAACUACUGAAUAUAUGCGACAAGAACACCGCUGUGGCGGUUUUCCGGGACAUAACGUCGUACUCGCACAGCGGCAAAUUCCUUCACAGGCUGUUCGCGCAGGAGAUCGUCGAGAAACUCUUCAGGGAGUCCGAGUUGCUGCGCAACGAUCGGCACGGAGACACGAGCAUGAAGAUGAGGAGGAUCCUGGUAGCCAUUAUACUCUCCCGUUGCAUGGAUCGCUCGCCCUUGGUGAGGGGAAGAGCGAUGGCCACGCUCGCGUCCCUGUCCGAUUGCAACGACGACACGGACAGGGCCGUCCUGAAGGGCAUCUUUGGAGCAACAGCGGCGAACAAGCGGUUCGCCACUAUCGCUGACAUGGUGAAUGCCUUCGAAGACACAGACCCAUUACCGGGAUCGGACACGUUGAUCGCCAUGUUACUGGACAGAGUGAACGACGAGCGCGCGAUGGUGCGGCGAAGCGGCCUGAAGAUUCUAAGGAACCUCUCCGUCAUGUUCCCGUCGAUCGCCGGCCGGAUGACCCACGUGAUAAGCGAGCGCUGCAGGGACCCGAUGCUGUCGGUCCGGCAGUUCGCGGUGCACGUCCUGUCCGAGAUCCUGCAGCAUUUCCCGCACGACUCGGCACUCCUGCACGAGUGGACGCAGGCGGUGGUGCCGCAGAUCUACGACGUCGAGAGUAAAGUGCAGGAGAAGGUGUUGGAGUGCCUGCACGACGUGCUGAUCAACAGGAUAGGCAACGCCUCGGCGUGCAGGCCGGACAGCCUGCCGUGGAGGGUCCUGGACAAACUGAACAACAUGAGAAUGAGGAAGCAUCUAUCGAGGGCGUGCGGCCUCUGGGUAAAGUGCAACGUCAUCAGCAAGUCCGUGAUCUCGAAUCUGCAGUCGCACGUCGGCACCGGCAACAACAUAGGCGCGUGGAUACUAUUGGCCGCAUUGGCCGAGAACAUGACGAUCCCGGGCAUCGGCCGGUACAUCGCCGACUACGAGAACGUCGUCUGCAAGAACGACCUCCACGCGAGCUUGGUCCUGCACGUUCUGCGCCACGCUUGGCCCUGCCUCGACCGUGAACGCCUGCAGGAUCUAUGCCGGUACCUCUACGCGCGCAUGUGCAGCUUCCAGGUAAACUUCAACCUGAUCAGCGUGUGCUUGGACAUCUGCCACAACGUGCUGCAGCACUUGCACGAUAGGAACGUCAUAGAGUCGUAUAUGGCCGAGCUGGUGGAACUGUCGGAGACGAAGGUGCGGGACAUCCUGAAGGAGGACGGUGAGGCGCACAAGAUGAGGGUGAUCUUCACCUUGGGCCACGCGUCGCUCCUGUGCACCAGCAGGAUCUCCAAGUCGACGCUGCAGGUCCUACGGACACUGUUGUUGGACCCGUUGGCAACCACGAAGCGCCUGCAGACGGCCGCGGUAGUGCUGCUCUGUCAGCAGGCGUUAAGGGAGCGCGAUGUCGCGAAGAGGGUCACGCCGGUGCUCGGCGAGCUGAUACGCCGGGAGACCGGCUCUACUAAGGCGGCCGUCAAGAUAAACGCCGCGAAGGCGUUGGCCGACAUCUGCGUGAGGUUCACCACGCUGGUGGAGCCGUACCUGCCGGACAUGUGCGUCAGCAUGAAAGACCCGGACCCGGCCGUGCGAGAGGCCGUGAUCGUCAUUUUCAUCCAGCUGCUGCUCGAGGAUUACAUCAAGGUGAAGGGUCCGUUCUUCUUUCACAUAUUGACGAUGCUGUCGGACACGAACAGCAUGAUACGCGAGCUCACGGUGUUCUUGGUGGAGGAGAGGCUCCUGAUGAAGAACAAGGCGCUGAUCUCGCAACAGUUCCUCGCGAGCAUAUACUACUACAACAAUUACCACGGCGGGGACGCGGUCUGCAGGUACAGAAUGCGCGACAGGGACAAGCAGGCGCUGACGUUGCCCGGAAGAGCGAACCGGGACAAGCGCCGUCUUAUUUACGAGUUCAUGCUGGACCACUUGGACCCGCCAGCCAAGUUCAAGCUGCUCGUCGGCUUGACCAAGUACAUCCUCGCCGAGAUAUGCGACGGCAAGUCUAUCGACGUCAGGAGAGAGGAGGAUGCGUGCGUCUUGCAAGACGCGCUGUUCGUCAUAAGUAAUCACCGCCUUCAGCUGUCGUCCACCACGGAGAAGCACAAGGACGACUCGCAUGAGCUCGACGAGACCGUCGAAUCCUCCCAGAACACUUCUACUAGUGCCGCCAACAACAAUGCGAUUAAUAUCAUCGCGACGAACAUGAAGAAGCACAAUUUGGACAAUUUGCUGCCCACGUUGAUCACGCUCAAGAAGAAACUGCACGCGUCGCCCUUGGAAAGCAGCGUGGAGAGACUGUUGUUCAAGGUCUACUCGGACUUCGAGAAGAAGCAUCUGCUCAGUUUGCUCAAUGAAUACCCCGAAUUGGAAAAAGAUAUGGAGUGUUAUCAACGGAGGGUGAGGGGUAGAUCGACUUCAGAGAACGACGACGACGACGAAGCUAUCGGUAGUUCGCCGCCCACGACACCCACGAUAUGCCACGAUAAGGAUUCGCCAGUGGACGUAUCAAGGCGAACAUCUUUGCGAGGGGUCAGUUCACCUUCACCGUUACCCUCAACCUCGGGGGUAUCAAGCUGCACGAGUGGUAGACUGAGUUCUAGUAACUGCUCGCGAAUCUCAUCGCCCUACGAUAAGUUAAUGAAGAACGUGUCGGUGCGUCUGGUUAGAUUGUCACCGGCAAGAUUGUCCUUAUGUUCGAGUUUUAGUACCAGCACGCCUAAAGCGGCACGGGAUCAAAACCCCGGCACUAGCUACUCCCCCUCCACUUACGUCCGGCGAGUCAAGAAGCCGCCGGACGAGCUAAGACCGUCGCUGGACAGAAGUCCUCCGCGCAAAAGUUCGAGGCGGAGUAACGUGUGAGGGUGAUCGCGACUCGCGUCGCAAACAUCGCCGGGUGUUCCCUUUCGUUCUUUCACGAGGUGGCCUGCGUGGAAAAUCGCCUACCUCGUAACUUUCGCUG